GCGAAUAUAAAGGCCUGCUAACCUGAAUUUCGGUAUAGAUUUCUCCCCCCAUUCAAUGGGAAAGCAGAGGACGACGGAUAGUAGCAGAUAGUACCCGAUUGGAAUUUGUGUUUGAUUUUUUCUGGUUGUUUGGCUCCAGACAGACACGGCGUAACAAAGAGAUCGCCAAGAUGUUUUCUAUCGGAAACAGCAGUUGUGCCACGAACAAAACGGUGCUGGACAGGUAUAUGAGAUUGCCCAUCCCCGACGACAAAUGCCAGGUCAACUACGUGUGGGUGGAUGGCUCCGGGGAACACCUGAGGUCGAAGUCGAGGACGGUCAAUUUCAUCCCCAAGAGUCCCUCAGAGCUGCCCAUCUGGAACUUCGACGGCUCUUCAACCGGUCAGGCUGAGGGCAGCAACAGUGACGUCUACCUCUACCCCGUAGCCCUGUACCGCGACCCCUUCAGAUUAGGCGAGAACAAACUGGUGCUUUGCGAAACGUAUAAACACAAUAAGAAGCCUGCGGACACCAAUCACCGUCACAGGUGUCUGGAAGCAUGCACGAGGGCCGCUGACCAGCACCCCUGGUUCGGCAUGGAACAGGAAUACACCCUCCUCGACACAGACAACCACCCCUUUGGCUGGCCCAAGAACGGUUUUCCAGGCCCUCAGGGUCCCUACUACUGCGGCGUUGGUGCUGGAAAGGUCUACGGAAGAGACGUGGUAGAAGCCCACUACAGAGCUGCCUUGUACGCUGGAAUCAACAUCUCCGGAGAAAACGCAGAAGUCAUGCCCGCCCAGUGGGAAUUCCAGGUCGGUCCUUGCGAGGGCAUCACCAUGGGCGACGACCUCUGGAUGGCCAGGUACCUCCUCCACCGGGUGGCGGAAGACUUCAACGUCGUCGUCUCCCUGGACCCCAAACCCAUUCCAGGCGACUGGAACGGAGCUGGAAUGCACACCAACUUCUCCACUAAGGGAAUGCGGGAAGCCAACGGCAUCGUGGAGAUCGAGAAGGCCAUCGACAAGCUUUCCAGACACCACAUACGCCACAUCAAAGCCUACGACCCCAAAGAGGGCAAGGACAACGAGAGGCGCCUGACGGGACUCCACGAGACCUCCUCCAUUCACGACUUCUCCGCGGGCGUCGCCAACAGGGGCUGCUCCAUCCGCAUACCCAGGGGAGUCGCGGAGGAGAAGCAAGGGUACCUGGAAGACCGCAGGCCUUCGUCCAACGCCGAUCCCUACAUGGUGUCCGAGGUGCUCGUCAGGACGAUCUGUCUGGACGAGUAAAAGGACGCGGCGACGAUCGCAGCAGCUACAACAACAAUCACCUGCCUACCUAAACAAAUUAAAACUGAUGAAUUAUAUAAUGAAUGAUAAUAAUCUCUGGACGAUGCUCUUCCAGAAUCCAGAAGCAGCGUCUUUGAAAAGAUCUGCUUAAUUAGAUAUAGUCGAGAUGGGAAUAAUUUAAUUUGUGACGCUUUCUGUUUAUUCUCAUUCUCUGUCUCUCUCUUCCUCUCUCUCUUCUCUUUCUCUUCUCUCAUCCUUUCCUUUCACUCUUAACGUCACAUAGGGUCAGGGGGUUUUGCCAAUGAGGUGUUAAACCCACCUGACACGUGGGACCAACGCACAGUCCACUUAUGAUAAUUCUAGUUGUUAUUCUUAUUAUUCUUAUCAUUAUAAUUAUUUGUCUCUCACUCACUGUCAUUUCUUCCAUUGACACUCAUUUAUUAUCACUCUUGAUUCAAAGGAUGAAUGAUUGACUGCAUGUGAUUAUUUAAAUGUGAUACCUGAUACUCGUGUGAUUUGUAUGAUUGAGACCGAGUGGCGAGAAGGUGAUUGAUUGAUUCUACGUCUACUUCAUUUUCGCGCGUCUAUUUUAUUUUAAGCCGAAAAACAAAGUUUGUACAUAAGAGGAUUUAUCUUUAUGGAAUCUAAACCAAAUACGAUGAGGAUAAUGUCACUUUAUAUAUAAAUAUAUAUUAUACUAUACGAUGUAUAUCCGUGUUAUUAUUAUUAAUAAUAAUCACAAAUAUUGUGUACUACAGUAAAGGAAUAAAUGGUCUAUUUCAUCUUUGUAUAA